AUGGAUUAUGUGUAUAUUUUAGCACCUAUUGGGCUAGGUGUUAUUUUGACUUUGUGCAGCACUGGAUAUUGCAUUUAUAUUCAUUAUUCUAAACGCAGGCUCGUUGAGCGCAUCAAAAAGGAGAUGCUUGCAAAAAUUAUUAAUGGUCCAGAUGCUAUUGUUUACAACACUCAUUGGCGUAGUAAUAUAGAAACUGGGAAAACAAACUCUGUUGUGAGUUGCCCUAAACCUCCAGGUCAUGUGAUCGGUGUUGGAGGAUCUCAAGUAGACAUAUACUCUCAUCCUAUACAAUUGCGGACUGAUGUCUUUGUCCAGAAAGUUGGAAGUGAAGUGUUUAGUUCGUUGACCAAUGAAAGGCUGCAGGUUUUGAACGUACCUUAUCGUGAUUAUAAACAUGCCACACAUUAUGGCUCACCAAAGACCAAAAAUUACACCACAAGUAUACCAAGUCACAGAGCCGUGAAAUCCGAUGGUAUAUACGAUGGAAAAUUGACAUCAAAUUCACGGUUCAACGUUUCAGAGGGUCGUCUUCAUUGUUAUUCAUAUUUCUUUAUUUAUGUAUUAAUAUUCAGUGACAAAAUGCUCAUGAAUUUAGAAUACCAAACAAAACAAAAGCAAUUUGACAAACAUAAUCAUAGUAAUAAUAGUCAUGAUGGUAUACACAAUGAAGGAGCAGAUCGGAAACGUUUUUAUAUCAAGGUUCUUAUUGUAUUUCUUUCUCAAGUAUUUCUAUUGAAUUUAGUAUUCUACAUCUUUGAUUAUAUGCCAGUAUUAAAUCAAUGGAUUGGACAACAUAUAUGGUCAAUGUAUUUGUUAUGUUUAUUGAAUGGUUAUAAUGCAGUUAUUCUUUUAAAAGUUCCAACUAUUGAACGAUUCUUCCCUCUUAAUGUAAUUAUUCUGAGUAUUUUUACAAUCUUCCAUUCAUCCAUUGUGGUCAAUAUUACAUAUCAAAAUGCUACAGUUGAUGAUGCUAUUUCAUUUAUUAUUGUUUUGUUAACAUCAACAGUUCUAUUCAUCAUUACAACAAAAUAUUCCUAUGAUAUAACAGUCUUUUUCUAUCAAUAUUUCUAUGUAUUUAUAGUACCACUGAUAGUUUUACCUAUUCUUAUUUUAAUAUUUACUUUCAUUGGAUUUGAAAUACUAACGAGUAAAUUGUUCAUGGUAUUCACUUUUAUACACUUUCAAUUUUUCACAAUCAUCACAGCUCAAACACUUCAAGGUGGUCAUGAUGUUGAAAUGGAAAUAGAAGAUUAUGUUCUAGGAUCAAUGCAAAUGUUCAUUGUGAUUUUAUGUUCAUCAUUAUCAUUAUCAACAUUAUUUGAAAGAAAUUUCAUUGAAGAAUAUGAUUUGUUUAAAACAAUAUUCUUAAUAUUCAAUAUUCCAUUAGUAUAUUUUUCUAUAUUGAUUAAUGAAACUAAUCUCAAAAGUAAACUAAAUAAUCAUAUGGAUCAAAUUACUCAUUAA